AACAAAAGUCACCUAAUCCUAGAUAUAAAGUCGCCAUAAACCUCCAUUUUAAUGCUACACGACACUCUGAAAAAUUCUUACUCAUGGAAGAAUCUGUCAAUUUCGUCAAAGGAUACGGCAAAGUUAACCCCUCCGACGACGAAACAACUGCCGUUCCAUGCCAAUCUCCCUCACCGAAACGCCGUAAAACCGUCGCUGCCGUCAUUACUCUAGGCCUCUUCGCAAUCAUUGUCGGAUCAAUAGUUGGAGCUGCGGAGGUUCAUCAUCGGCGCACCAAAUCACCGGAGCCCCAAUCUUCUUCAGUCAAGGCGGUAGCUUCCAUCAAAGCCGUGUGCGCGGUAACGCAACAUCCGGAGUCAUGUUUCACCGACGUUUCCACUAUCGAUUCCGGUAACUUUUUCGAUCCGGAGGUGAUUUUCAACUUCACGCUCCGGCUCGCGAUCAACGAGCUCACGAACAUCUCGUCGUUGCCUAAAACCCUAAUUUCGAAGUCGCACGAUCUACGAACCGGUUCUGCGUUGCGAGACUGUGCGACUCUGUUCGAUGACGCGUUGAGUCAACUCAGUCGGUCGGUGGAGGCUAUGCGUGUGGGGCCUGUCGGCGGGGAGAAGUUGUUGACGGAGGAGAAAGUGGCGGAUAUGAAGACGUGGAUUAGCGCUGCGAUGACGGAUCAGGAGACGUGUGUGGAUGGAUUGGAGGAGAUGGGAUCGACGGCGGUGGAUGAAGUGAAGUCGAGGAUGCAGAGAUCGAACGAGUACAUGAGUAACAGCUUAGCAAUACUCGCUAAUAUUGAAACCAUACUUGACCAGUUUGGGCUUCGUCUGCAUUGAUAUUCACGAUAUUGCCAUUGAAUGUGAUUUUGUGUUUGUAAUUAUUUUUUCUUUUUAAUAUUUUGAGUAACGUUGUUGUAAAACAAAAGUAAAAUAUACAAAAAUACAAGUGUUCUGAAGUUUCUUUA